CCUAAAAUUUUAGUCAUGCUCCUUUUGAGCAGAGAAAGUCGAAUCUUGUGUAGAUAGCCGGCGUUUCAGUUAAAUAUUUAGAAUUUACAGUCGAUAAUAGCCAUUUGUUGUUGAAACUCCAUAACAUAAUCUUUGGUAGACAAGACCAAUAUGACAGGAAUGAAAAGUUUUGUGGCCAAAGUUCGGUAUGUUUUCGCCGUGAUGGUUAUCACUGGUUCUGCACCCAAUUAUUUUCUGUUAUGGGCUUUGUGGCGAGGUAUUUCUCUGUUUAUGCCACACUGGAAGUACCAAGAUGGUGAUGAUUUUCUUUACUCAAUGUACCAAAGGAUGGUGAUUUUUUUCUUUGAACACUGCACCAGUCAAAAAGUUUACUUCACGGGGGAUGCUGCAGCCAUUUUUAGCAAGAAAGAAAAUGUUCUUUACCUAGGUAACCAUCAGUCUACAGUUGAUUGGAUUGUGUGUAACAUGGUUGCAAUCAGACAAGGCAGUAUAGGCCAUUUGAGAUAUGUUAUGAAAGAUACACUUCAAGCACUGCCACUUUAUGGACACUAUUUCUAUCAACAUGGAUGCAUUUAUGUCAAACGUGGGGAUUUCAAGCAAAAGAAGAUGGAAUCUGCUCUAGAAUAUUUGAGAGAUCCAAAGAUUAAGUCAUGGACAGUGAUAUUUCCUGAAGGAACCUGUUAUGCUCCCAAUGAAUAUGAUCUCAUAAAGAAGUCAAACAAGGCAGCUGAUGACAACGGACUCAAACCACUUGUUAAUCAUUUGACGCCACGCUACAGAGGAUCUUUUCUGGCCCUGGAGAAAUUGCGGGACAAUUUAGACGCAAUUUAUGAUGUAACCUGUGUCUAUUCUGGGUCAGUUAAUGAGAAAAAUGAGAGAACUCCGGCACCCGAAUUGAUAGAUUUUCUCCUUGGGAAAAAUAGUGAAAUGUAUAUUCACGUAAGGCGCAUUCCCAUAGAAGAUGUACCAGUAGAUGAAGCUCAGUUCAAGAGCUGGAUGCAUAGUUUGUUCACUGUGAAGGAUGAGCUUGUGUCGCGAUUUUACCAAGAUGGAUACUUCCAAAAGGAUGUGGAAUUAAAAACCGCGGAGAAUCAUUAUGCUCUUCCCUAUACUGCUACGGUACCAAGUUUCCUUUUUUUCGUGCUAUCUUUCUUGCCUUUGGUCCUCUUCCCUGGGCUGAGGCUUCUGUGGUUGCAGGGUAUCUUGUUAUCCACUGUAUGUGGAUACUUGGUACUUGCCAUUAAAUCCGUUUGUUAAGUCUUCAUAAUUGUGACGUUCAGCCAUUCCGCAAACGAACCGCCAAUUUUUCUGCCAACAAUUCUCACGUUUGUGAUCACAACAUCUUAUGACUGGCUUAGAACAACAGCAUGAAGAUCUGCUAUAGUGUUAUCUUUUUUGCUCACCUAGCUGUGACCGCGUAUCACUGUUGCACUGAUAAAAAUAUGUGUAACAAUGAUUAUAAUGGAUUUAACAUCAAGAAAAAUAUUUGUAGCGACAAAAUUUAAAUAAUGGUCGUCCCAUAGUAAUAACAAUGAAAAAAAAAAUACAUAAUACUCCUGUAA